GGAAAUCGAACAAGCCAGGUGAGUCAAGUGUUUCGCGAUAGCCUCUUGAAAAGCAGCAUUUUUCACAAAUCCUCAAUGGUUCGGCUUCAUGUAAAACGUGGAGAGGAAAAUCUCUUCCUGCACGACACGAAAAUCACGGCAAAAGUUGAGGAUGUCCUCAAAGAAAUCCUCCCGAUAUUCAAUGGGCGGCUCAAGGUGGGCAGAAUUUGCAGUGAAAUGGAGGAACUGAUGAAGCACGGAGUGAUGAAUUGCCCGGAAGUCCUUGAGCUCACAGAUGAGCAAAUUGCUGAGCUCAAAAUAGAAGAUCCUUGGAUUGAGAAGUGCAUCCCAUCUGGAGGAUUUCUUCCCAAUCCCGAUCCCAUUCGGCGCAGAUGUGGACGUCAGCCGAUGCCGGAUAUGCAGAAAGUUCUGGAAAAAGCCAUGGCUGAUGCAAAAGAACUCAUCUCGAAGAAACUCGUGGAUUCUGGGAAGAUUCUCAUGCUAAAAAACGUUCAACAAGCUUUGGAUAUUCUCAGAGGAGCCACAAUGAUUGUUUAUCCGAUGGAAUUGCCUCCUCAUGAUCCCAUCCGGAUGGAAUUGAACAACACUGAGGAUUUAUCAGGAACUCAGGCAUCCCUGGAAGUGAUUGAGCCAACGAAAGCUCAAUUGUGGUUUGCUGGAAGGCAAAUGAUUCCAGAAGAUCAACUGAAAAUCUACGUUGGGAAUAAUGAAAAGUGCAAGGUGAUUGUGAAGCUGGGAAAGUGCGGAGAAGGUCAGCCAGGAAGAGAGCCAGUCAUUUCCGAGGAGACACGUCGCGAGCUGAUGCUAAAAGCCUAUCGUCGUCAAGAAGAACUCAAGGUAAGUGGAAAGAGUAAUGUUUUCAGUAUAUAUUUUCCCUUUUAUUUGUACAAGAAACACAUUUUAUCAGUUUUUUUUUCAUUGUGGUUUUGUUGCAAAGAGAUUCACAACACAGUCAAAAGCUUCAACAGUGAGAUAUUUGUUAGGAGUCCUUCAGAUGAGUACUUUGCAGGGAGGCAUGUUGGACUUUUUCAUUGAGUUCUGCCUAAAAAUAAUUCUAAACCACGCCCCCUUUAAGAAUUAUGCUCAAUAUGAGCUUUCCUUCAAGUUUCUAUAAAUAAUGAGAGAAUAUUGUGGUACAUCCAGGACCAGCCACACUCAUUAAUGAAAUUAUAAGUUCCUAAAAAUAUAAGCCACGCCCCUAUGACCUCUGUGUUCUUUACCGAAAAUUCCUGAAUCUCUUUAUUCAAUUUCUUGUCAAAUUUACAAUAUUUUGGAAAGACUAUUUCAAUUUCGCAUUUUAGAAUGUUCCAAAGAUUUUUUCAAUUUCUUGGUUUCUGAAAAAUCAAAAUGGAAAAUGUUCUUUUACAUUGUUACCAUUGAAAGAUAUUAUACUAUGAGAUUGUUAAAAUUAAGAAGGAGAAAGAAAUAAAAGAUUAAGCCACGCCCUUUCUGAAGUCGCGCCCAUUUAGUAUUACAAUUUGUAAAAAUUUCCACAAAAGUUUGUAUGAAAAUUUAUUACUAUUUUUAUUAUUUUUGUUCUUCGGACUUUAGAGGGCGUGGCUUAUUUUUUAGUGUAUAUUAUUCUUCUGGGUCCUCAUGAUUGAAUUGGCAACUGCAUUUUAAAUAAGCCAAGCUGCAGCGUUAGUAACUUUGAAAUGCUUAAAAUUAUCACCUUUAAUCGCUAUAAUUUCUAAAGGGGCGUGGUCUAAAAUUCUUUUUACCAGAGCUUAAUCAAAGAAUCCAAUACCGCCUCC